AUGCCAACACAAUUUAAAAUAUCAACCGGUAGAGGUGGGGCCGGUAAUAUACGGUCAUCAAAUUCGAAAGUUUCACCAAAUUAUAUUAAACAAGGUUCACAAACACCAAAUAUUAUACAACCAAUUUAUAGUACGGGACGUGGUGGAGCAGGAAAUAUGAUGAAAAAUUAUGAUCCAAAAUUAACAAGAAGAGCACAAGAUGUUGAUGAAGAUACAAUUUCAAAUAUGAAUGAUAUUGAAGAACAAAUUGAAAUAAGAAAUGAAAUUGAAAAUAUUAAUUCAAAUCAAAGUAAUAUAAACCAUAGUAAUGAUGACGAUUUUAUUAAUCCAAUUAUUUCAACAACAGAAAAUUAUAUUACUAAUACAAUUUCAAACGUUUUAUCACAUAUUUCAUCAUCUGGUGAAAAAUUAUCGCAAAAGACUAAUGAUUCUGAUAUAAUUAAACCAUCAAAGAGUAAAAUACGAGUACAACACAAAAAAAUUAAAAAACAAACACCAAUUAUUAUUGGUAGAGGUGGUGCAGGUAAUAUUGUUUCACCAUCAUCAUCCUCAAAAUCUGGUUCAUCUCAUUCAAAAUUAAAUAUUACAAAAUCAAAACAUAGUAAUAAAUCUAAUAAUACAACAACAAUUCAAUCAUCAACUAAUAAUAAUAUUCAAAAGAAGAAAAAAAAAUCAUUCAUGUCUUCAAUAUUUGGUAUAUUUGCAUAA